AUGAUGGAUCCCCGAUCGCAGCACCCGUCGCGACCUCCGUCCACCAGCCUGCCCCAGGGCUCCACGCCACUCUCCUCGACCCCCAUCUCGAGUAUGCCCAUGCCGCAAUACUCGAUGCAGCCUCAGUACCCCGUGUCGCAGCCGCACACGCUGCCUCCGCUGCAGCCGCAUCACUCCCAGUCGCCGGCACCGCACCCGUACAUGGGCCAGCCGUACCGACCGGAUCUGUCGCGCUUUCCUGCGUCCACCCACGACGUGUACGGAGCCUCGACGGCUCCCAUCAUGCCGCACACGACUGUCGGUAGCCACUCGCCAUCGUAUUCGAGCUAUCCUAACCAUUCACAGGCGCACCCGUCUCAGUCCUACCCUCCUCCCCCGACCAGCGUUUUGCCUCCCGCGUCGACCGCGCAGAGCUACCCGCAGCCUAUCGCUCCCGCUCCCCCGCGCGACCGUCGCGACUUCAACGGCAUGCCCUCCGGUGCCUUUAGCUACUCUGAUGGCAAGUCCUGGGGCAUGAGUCCCGAUGUCAACGGCGCGAAUGGCUCCCCCUACGCGAAGGAACAGCCACGCACGCAGGUCGUCGGCUCCCAGGGCCGCCGCGGUAUCCUGCCGAGCGUUCCGGGCCGCGCGACCCCGGUCGCCAACGGUGUCAAUGGUGCUGCGAAGAGUACCACCAUCCCGGCCAAGGACGCGGAUGGCAAAUUCCCUUGCCCGCACUGCAACAAGACCUAUCUCCACGCCAAACACCUGAAGCGCCAUCUGCUGAGACACACUGGUGACCGCCCGUACAUGUGUGUCCUGUGCAAGGAUACUUUCUCCCGCAGCGAUAUCUUGAAGCGCCACUUCCAAAAGUGCUCGAUCCGUCGAGGCAACCCCACGGGCGCGACCCACCUGUCGCACCCUCAAGCUCAUCUCAAGCGGUCGCAGCAGCAGGCUGCGGUGGCGGCGGCUAACACCGCCAAGCCUCCACCUAUGGAUGAGGUUAGUAACACCCUCCCGGCUUCCAAUGGUGUGAUGGGUGCGCAAUUCGGUGAGGGAGCCGUCAAUGGCAACGGCAUGGCCCAUGGCCAUCAGCAGCAUCUGGGAUUCGCGAUGUCGCCGGUCAACGGCCUGACCCGUCCGCAAGAUGACGGGUACGCCGGCCAGGCGUCGCGAGGCCCCUGGAUGGCCGCCCCCAAGCAGAAUCCGUACCUCAUUCAGCAUGGAGCCGACUCUAAUGGCCAGCAACUGAGUGUUGAUCGUCCUCUUGAACAGGUAAAGCCCCUGGUCGUUCCCGACCCCAAACAUCCGGUGAUGCCCGGCCCCCAUUCGAGUCAGCCUGGUGUUGACUGGACCUCGAUGUUUCAGCAUGGUGCACCCGCGGCCGACGGCUACAUGAACCACGUUUUCCCCCACUCCAUGGCUGCCGGCCAGGAGCCAAUCCACGCCCCCGUCGAUGCCGACCGCAAGUUCUACCCCGCUACGACCGCCGGCGGCGCCGCUGAGAAUGGCAUGAAUGGACUGUAUCUGGCCUCUACUAUGGGCGGCCCAGAUGGUACCGUUCAGCCUGCUCGGCAGUAA